AUGUCCAUAUUUGAAAAUCCAGCCACCAGGGACCAUGCGUCCAGCAUUUACAGCCGCUUCUCUCAUACACCGAAGCUCGGGCAAUCUGCCUCAGAGACGCCAGUCCCUCUCCCCCUUUCUCAUGAUCUGCCCGAGAUCACUUCUCUCGACCACCAGAUUGCACUGGUUCGCGGCUCAACCAUUGCCUUGGAAGCUGCUCGAACACGGCUACGAUGCGCCAAAACCGACCGUCGACUUUCCUUGCCUGAGCUCCGCGAGGAGAAGCUGCGGCAGUGGGAGCGCCAGGAUCACGAGAACCGAUUCUACGAGGAGUGUCUGGCGAUAUUCCACGAGCUCUCCGCGUCGACUAUCAGCGUGUCCCAGACCUUGGCGCUGCAGCAUUGUUUCGAGCCCGAAAAGCGGCGCACAGUCCCCGGGAAGCACUGGAGCACGCGGGAGGCGCAGGCGGAGAACCAAUGGAAAGGACAAUACAAUGUUCCGCGUUUGGGGAGUCCGUCUUCGCGAUGA